AUGGCUGAUAAGCACGGCCCUGUGUUCAUGAUCCAACUAGGGAUGCACCCAGCGGUAGUGGUCAGUAGUCAUGAGGCUGUUAAGGAAUGCUUCACUACCAACGACAAGGUUUUUGCCUCACGCCCACGUUCUAGCGUGUCAAAGCUCCUGGGUUACAACUAUGCAAUGUUUGGCUCUGCACCUUAUGGACUUUUUUGGCGUGAGAUGCGCAAGCUAUCAGUGGUGGAAAUUCUCUCUGCUCGUCGUCUCAAUGAAUUGAAGGAUGUACGGAUUUCUGAAUUGGAUGCUUGCAUCAAAGACUUGUACUCACUUGGCAAAGAUAACAACUGGAUCAGUCCAAUAAAGGUGGUUAUGAGUGAGUGGUUUGAACACUUGACAUUCAAUUUCGCCCUUAGGAUGAUUGCAGGGAAGAGAUAUUUUGAUAACGCGGUCCAUGGAAAUGAAGAGGCAAGGGGUGCUAUAAUAACUAUUAAGAAAUACCUGUCUCUAUCUGGGGCCUUUGUUCCAUCAGAUGUGUUCCCAUUUCUUGAACGGUUGGAUUUGCAAGGCUAUUUGGGCUCCAUGAAGCAUGUUACAGAGGAAUUGGACUGUCUUGUAGGAAGUUGGGUAGAAGAACAUGUUAUGAGGUUAAAGAGUGAGCCCGGAUGCAGGCAUGACUUCAUUGAUGUACUGCUAUCAACAGUCCAGGACACGUCCAUGUUCGGCCACACCCGUGAAACUGUUAUCAAGGCAACAAUAGUGAAUCUCAUCGUGGGAGGCUCAGACAGCACAUCUAUUACCUCGACAUGGAUCCUGUCUGCAUUACUGAAUAAUAGAGAAGCAAUGAAGCAUGCUCAGGAAGAGCUAGAUCUAAAAGUUGGGAGGAGCAGAUGGGUGGAAGAAUCAGAUAUUCAGAAGCUAGAUUACCUUCGGGCUAUCAUUAAGGAGUCUCUAAGGCUAUAUCCAGCUGCUCCCCUAUUAGUACCGCAUGAGGCGACCCAAGAUUGUCAUGUUUGUGGGUAUCACAUUCCUAAAGGUACCCGUUUGUUCGUGAAUGCAUGGAAGUUACACCGAGAUCCGCGUGUUUGGUCCAACCCGGAAGAGUUUGAGCCAGAGAGGUUUUUGGGAAGUCAUGCAAACCUGGAUGUUUUUGGUCAUCAAUUUGAGCUCAUCCCAUUUGGGUCUGGUAGAAGGGCUUGCCCAGGGAUCAACAUGGCUUUGCAAAUGUUACACUUGACAUUUGCUAGGUUACUUCAAGGAUUUGACAUGGCCACACCAUCAAAUGCUCCGGUCGACAUGACUGAAGGGAUAAGUUUCACCAUGCCUAAGUUAACCCCACUACGCGUUAUGCUCACUCCUCGCCUUCCUUCUCACCUCUAUUAG